AUGCUAUUUGGAAGCUGCACUUUUUCUCAAUGGAAUAUUCUAAAUCUUUUUCAUAAGGGUAAAAAAACAACAGAAAUUAUGGUUGCCUCACUCAACACAUCAGGCUAUGAUGACUACGAUGAUUCAGUGGCAAUACCUUCCCAGUCCCCAGUCAUCUAUGAGAUGUAUCAGAUGAAGGCUGGCUAGAUGUAUGUGUCAGUGUACUCAGCCAACAUUCUGCUGGGUCUACUGCUCAACUCUGUUGUCAUCUUCAUGACUGUAAAAUGCAGGUCCAAGAAGAAACUGAGUCAACACAUGAUAAUCCUUGGCUUGGCUGUCACCCACCUCGUCUUUUGCCUCUUCGCCCCACUUUACCUGAUCACUGCCUGGAACUACUUCUCCUGGACAUUUGGGAAGGUUGUCUGCAAGCUGGGGUCCUACGUGAUGUUUAUGAACAUGUUUUCUGUCUCACUGAUGAUCACCUUCUGGAAUGUGUGCUGGAGUGUCCCUGGAUGCUUUGAACACCGCAUGUCCACCAACAUAGUCCUGCUGUCCUGGUUCACUGGGGCCAUACUGAGUACCCCCUCUCUACUGUCCAGGGAGGUUCAGUACACUGCCGAUGGACACGUCUGCCUUGACAACUAUGGCUAUACUGGAAGCUCCCAGAUGUCUAAAGAAGGAAGGGAGAGAUUGAUGGCAGUGUUGAUCUGUCGCUUCAUUUUCGGGCUGCUGCUCCCUUUGGGUGUGAGAUGCAGCUGUUGCUGCAUGAACAGCAUGGGAAACAACCAACUAAGGUCACGGGUUAUUCGACCUGUGACUAUUGUCCAUUUCCUAUGCUGGACUCCUGUCAUUAGUCUCUCUGUGCUGCAAGCCACAAUGGGGACAGGCAGCAGGUUGUUCACAUACGCAUUGUCCCCGGCCACUGCCCUGUCAGUCUUAAACAGCUGCAUCUCUCCUAUCAUCUGCAUAUGGCAGGAGAAGAAGGAACAGAGCCUGAGAGGACCCCCUCAGAUGGAGGACAACAGAGACAAGGAUGAGGAGAUGACAUCUCUGACACGCUAA